AUGAGAACCCAAGUCUCCAAUCUUUCAUCUAUGUACAUUGAUGACUAUAAAAUGUCUAACAAAGAGGCUAACCAGGGAGUGAGUGAGGAAUUAGCUGGUCAAGAAGUAGAAGAGGAUAAGGCCUACACAUUCAGAGAGCUUAUGCACUUCAGAUUCCAAAAGAGAUGGCUGCAAGCCGCCGCCGGCCCCUCCCUCGCCGCCGCCACCAGCUCCAUUGUUGGCGGCGGCCGGCGGGCGCUUCCCGCCGCGCUAGGCCCGGGCGGCGGGGCCGCGUGUGCGCGGCGGGGAGAACGGGCCGCCGCCGCGCCCCCUCCCCCGCCGCGGGGUCGAGGAAGAAGCCCGGCGGGGCGCGCGCCGGCCGCCGCCUCUUCCCCGGCCCUGCAGCUCGGGCUCCGAUUCCUCUCGUCGCUCCAUUUUGUCUCCCCGGCCGCGCACGGUCGCCUCAUGGAAGGCCGCAUUCAUGGCCCUUUGUAUCCCGCGCGCCCAGUUUCCUGGGCUCCUGCUCGAGAAGCUGAAUAUGGUGGGCAUGAUCAGAUAGAUUUGUAUGAUGAUGUCAUCUCUCCAUCUGCAAAUAAUGGAGAUGCCCCAGAAGACCGUGAUUACAUGGAUACUCUCCCACCAACUGUUGGUGAUGAUGUGGGUAAAGGAGCAGCACCAAAUGUUGUCUAUACGUAUACUGGAAAGAGAAUUGCAUUGUAUAUCGGAAAUCUGACAUGGUGGACAACAGAUGAAGACUUAACUGAAGCAGUUCAUUCUUUGGGAGUAAAUGAUAUUUUGGAGAUAAAAUUUUUUGAAAAUCGGGCAAAUGGCCAGUCAAAAGGGUUUGCCCUUGUUGGUGUUGGAUCUGAAGCAUCCUCAAAAAAGUUAAUGGAUCUGUUGCCUAAAAGAGAACUUCAUGGUCAGAAUCCUGUUGUAACUCCAUGCAAUAAACAGUUCCUGAGUCAAUUUGAAAUGCAGUCCAGGAAAACUACACAAUCAGGACAAAUGUCUGGGGAAGGUAAAGCUGGUCCUCCAGGAGGCAGUUCACGUGCAGCAUUUCCACAAGGUGGUAGAGGACGGGGCCGUUUUCCAGGGGCUGUUCCCGGUGGGGACAGAUUUCCUGGACCAACAGGACCAGGAGGGCCACCCCCACCUUUUCCAGCUGGACAGACUCCACCACGUCCACCCUUAGGUCCUCCAGGCCCACCUGGUCCACCAGGUCCUCCACCUCCUGGUCAGGUUCUGCCUCCUCCUCUAGCUGGGCCUCCUAAUCGAGGAGAUCGCCCACCACCACCAGUUCUUUUUCCUGGACAACCUUUUGGGCAGCCUCCAUUGGGUCCGCUUCCUCCUGGCCCUCCACCUCCAGUUCCGGGCUACGGCCCCCCUCCUGGUCCACCACCUCCACAACAGGGACCACCUCCACCUCCAGGCCCCUUUCCACCUCGCCCACCUGGUCCUCUUGGGCCACCCCUUACUCUUGCUCCUCCUCCGCAUCUUCCUGGACCACCUCCAGGUGCCCCACCACCAGCUCCACAUGUGAACCCGGCUUUCUUUCCUCCACCGACUAACAGCGGCAUGCCUACAUCAGAUAGCCGGGGUCCACCACCAACAGAUCCAUAUGGCCGACCUCCACCGUAUGAUAGGGGUGACUAUGGGCCUCCUGGCAGGGAAAUGGAUACUGCAAGAACGCCAUUGAGUGAAGCUGAGUUUGAAGAAAUCAUGAAUAGAAAUAGGGCAAUCUCAAGCAGUGCUAUUUCAAGAGCUGUGUCUGAUGCCAGUGCUGGUGAUUAUGGGAGUGCUAUUGAGACAUUGGUAACUGCAAUUUCUUUAAUUAAACAAUCCAAAGUAUCUGCUGAUGAUCGCUGCAAAGUUCUUAUUAGCUCUUUGCAAGAUUGCCUUCAUGGAAUUGAAUCCAAGUCUUAUGGUUCUGGAUCAAGACGUGAACGAUCAAGAGAGAGGGACCAUAGUAGAUCACGAGAAAAGAGUCGGCGUCAUAAAUCCCGUAGUAGAGAUCGUCAUGAUGAUUAUUAUAGAGAGAGAAGCAGAGAACGAGAGAGACACCGGGACCGGGACCGAGACCGGGACCGAGAACGUGACCGAGAACGGGAGUAUCGUCAUCGUUAG